AAUGCUCGGAGUAGGGAUUCUGCGGAUUAUACUAAGAAAAUCGCAGUUCUCUACUCAGAGGCGUGCUAAUCGGGCAUCGCUGUUCCGAGUGGAAGGUGCUCGUUCGUCGUUUCUUGUGUUUUCUUCUUGAUAGUCCGUGGUACGAACUAUGUGGCGACUGGUUUUUAUGUUGACCUUGGUCAGCGUAGCCUUGGUAGCAUCGUUGCCAGCGGCACAGCAGGACAGCGGUAGCCUCGACAGUCUCAUCGACCAGACUUUUCCCGAAACCAAGACGACCCCUCAAUCGGUGCCUCAGAUAGACGGCGAUAUUGACAGCCUGAUCAAUGACGUCUUCAAGAGCGGAAACAUCACCACCACUACGCCGAAAAAUCUCUAUCUCGGCACGCAAAAUACACCGCCCCCGAAACUCGACAAUUGCGAAUGCGUGCCCUACUAUCAGUGCAAGGAAGGCAAGAUCCUGGACAACGGGAUCGGUAUCAUCGAUAUCAGGUUCGGUGCUGAUGAUAACAAGUCCCAGGGAGCUCUUGGACCAUGCGAGAAUUAUUUGGACGUUUGUUGCAAACCGCCGGAUCGACAGGCACCAUCCACGCCGCGACCGAACGAUAGAAUCGGAUGUGGACAACGACAUGCUGAAGGAGUUGGUUUUAGGAUCACCGGCCAGACCGAUAACGAGGCCCAGUUCGGCGAGUUUCCGUGGAUGGUGGCUAUCUUGAAAGAAGAGGCCAUCGGCGAAAACGGCCAAAAAUUGAAUGUUUAUCAAUGCGGCGGUGCACUUAUCCACCGACAAGCCGUUCUCACUGCGGCUCAUUGCGUUAAUGGAAAACAGCCAAACGAACUCAAAGUCCGCGCGGGAGAAUGGGACACGCAGACGAAGAACGAGAUCUACCCGCAUCAGGACCGCGACGUCGAAAAAGUCGUGGUUCACGAGAGCUAUCAUUCCGGCGCACUUUACAACGAUUACGCUAUACUGAUCUUGAAAAGCCCGGUCGAGUACGCGGAGAAUGUAGAUAUCGUCUGUCUACCAGAAGUGGACACGAAUUUUGACGGAUCCAGAUGUUUCGCCAGUGGAUGGGGAAAAGACGUAUUCGGCAAAGAGGGACGUUAUCAAGUGAUCUUGAAGAGAGUGGAACUUCCUGUGGUAACAAGUGAAACAUGCCAAAGUAUUAUGCGUACCACUAGACUAGGAAAUUAUUUUGUUUUGGAUAAAAGUUUCAUCUGCGCAGGUGGAGAAGUNGGGAAAGAUACUUGCAAGGGUGAUGGUGGAAGCCCAUUGGUGUGUCCCUUAAAAGACAAUCCAAGCAGAUAUGUUCAAGCUGGAAUCGUGGCCUGGGGACUUGGUUGCGGCGAAAACGGAACUCCUGGCGUUUACGCCAACGUAGCCCAUGCCCGUCAAUGGGUCGACGAGCAGAUAGCCUUUUACAAUUUAGAUAAUACCGUUUAUCAGUAUCCCAACUGACUGUCUUUCUUAUCCGACGAUUUGUACCAAGCACGUGUGAAUCACGCAAUUUUUCUCUCUUUUUUUUGUCAUACUCAUCUAUUACGAGUUGUGCUUUUUGUACUGAGCUUUUUUCCUGAACAACUUCACUUGAAAGCAAAUGAUGAAAUAUUGACAAGUUACACGUUAAUAUUCAGAUAAUACAGGAUAGAAAAAAAUUUAGUGAAUCUCUUUUAAUAUUAAGAGUCUCGCGUGUUUAUAUACUUAUGUAUAAGCUGAGUUAUGUGCAUUUCGAAAGUAAUUUUAUAUGACAAAGGAUGAAUAAUCCUCAAAGUCAAUGUAUGACAUUUUAUAUAUGAUGCAUGAGCGAAUAACACAUUUUUAUUAAAAAUAGAACAAUGUCAAGUUUAUUUCCUUUUGAAGUCUUAAAAAUAUCUUAAUAAUUUUCAAUCAAUCAGCUCUUAAUUUGCUGAUGACAAAUUUCACAAUAUAAUACUAGUCACAAUAAAGAGAUUGCUCAAACGUUAUUACAAUAAUAAAAUGUUCGAUAAAAAAUAAUAAGAAUGCAGGUAGAGAAAAAUAAAAAUAUUUGUAUAAAUUUGUAUCUGUGUGGUAUAACAGAGAAGCGAUAAUUAAAUAAUAACAAGAUAAA